AGGCGAGUUCGGCAAACUCCUGUGCUCCGCUCCAACCGCCAUGAAAGGUGCGUGAUUUCCACCAGAAGACGGGGUUUGUCGCUGGAAACUCUCGUGAAGAAGAUGCCUAGUGACGUGAAACAGCGGAAGAAGACUCCGCAGCAGGGCGAGCUCAAGAAAAGCAGCGAGGAACCGUCGGCCGAAGGCGAGAAAAGCCAAGUCCAGAAAGUCUCGAUCGAGACGGGAAACGUCGAUAAAACGUGGCUCGGGGACCUGAAAACUUUCCUGUGCCUGGCGUCUCUUGCCGCCUGCGCCGCUCUGAGCUGGAUGGUUCUGCAGCAGAACGAGAGGUUCGGUCGGAUAGAGGAGCAGCAUGCGGCUCUGCUGGGGAAGACCUCCGCUCUGUUUGCGAUGGAGGAGCAAGUUCUGCUGCUCUCCAGAAAGUGUGGCAGCUUGCAACUGGCCUUGACGGGUCUUCCGAAGGAGCCGGACUCUCUGGAGGGGCUGGACCAGGACGUGGCUCGGCUGAAGGACUGGGCCUCGGAGCUCGCGGAGAGGAGGUCUCUGCUGGAGGGCAGCCUGACCACGCUGACCGAUGCUGUGGACCAGAUCCAAGGACGGACCACUGCCAUCACCAAAGACUUCUCCAACAAGGUGGCGUCAGUGAGGACGGACGUCCGCAGGAUGGACGGCCUGCAGUCGGAGCUGGACCCGCUGCUGUCUCACGUUGGCGAGCUGGAGGGCAAGGCCGCGCAGGUGGAGCGCAGCAUGGUCAAGCGCAUCGGGGACCUCCUGGUCAGCAGUGUCGAGCGCGUCUCGGGUCUCCGGGCCGCCUCGGAGCGCAACACGCAGGCCGUGGAGCGGCUGCGGCUCAGAGUCCCGGAGCUCCAGGCGGCAGAGCGGAAGAUCUCGGAUCGGCUGCGGGAGCUGGAGGGCAGCAGAGCGCGGGUCAUUCGGACGGUGACGUUCGCCAGCGAUCUGAAGCCGAAGCUGGCCACCAUGAAGCGGGACUUCGCGGCGUUUGACCCGCAGCUGGCGGAUCUGACUCUGCGUAUCGGGAGGCUGGCCGAGGACCUGACCCAGAGGGAGCGGGAGAUCACGGAGCUGCGGCGCUCGCUGAGUAACCUGACGGCAGCGGAGCGGCAGCUGGGUCUGGGAACGUUGGAGUUACCGGACAGUCCGCAGCCGACGUGACCUUGGGCUGACCUCUGUGGCAGUGCAUCACGGUCACAGAAAUUUAGAGGCAGAGAUUUAUCACACUCGCAUCCAGCUGGAGUUCAGCUGAGAGGCGGAGGAGCCGGGCACUUGCCCCUGCUGUCCUCCAGGGGUCGCUCUUCAAAAUAAAUUCUCGACUCACACCUGCUCAGAAAGUGGUGAAUAAUGUUGAUGUGAACUGCUACAACUGUGUGUAAUGUUGAUGUGAACUGCUACAACUGAUCCAAAGUGGAGCCAGAACCCGAUCAUCAUGAAUCAGAAACGCCAGAGGUCAAAGGUUAUUUUUGCCCAACUCGUAUCGAUAGGUCUGGAUUAGGAAAUGACAUGAACGCAACAGCAACAAACCAAGAGCCGACAGAAGAGGUCAGAGGUCAUGGGACGCCUCCCUGGCGAAGGCUUUGCUUGCUUACACCAGCCGUCACCUCUUGUUCAGAACGUGGAAGAUAUUUGUUGCUCUUAACUUCCUUAAACUUCGGUCUUGCAGAGUAUUUAAUGGACGACUGGUUCUCCUCCCGUGUUGAUGGACCAGAGCGGCUCCAGUUUGUUGUCAAAACAAUCUUUAUUCCUUGGAAAAAGUAAACAAAAGGAGUGCUACCCUGAAACAUGUUGGCACCCGAACUACAAGUGGCCCCUCACCCAGGUCCUGUGACACCCAUUCUGGAGUGUUCCGGGACCGACGGUCCCGCUUCAUGUUCAAGAAGGUCCAUGAGCGACGGUGUUGUAGCUCCAUCAGCAGCGCCCGCUGCUGACCUUCCUUCAG